UGGGAUCUUACAGCGGCGACCGGAGCUUGGGGCUGGAUCCUGCAGGGAACGGGUGGGGAUGAGGCCCAGGCUCCCCGGGGCCUCUGGGGUAUCCCCCUACCUCCUUUUCCUUGUCUUUCUGUCUCGGAGUUGGGCUGAGCCCCCAACCUGGCUGCCCGCGACGUCCGUAGUGCCUGCACCAACUAAUGUUGAAAUAAAAUCUUAUAAUUUGAAUCCUCAAGUAUUUUGGAAUUACUCAUUAAUGUCUCCGCCUCCUAAUUUCACAGUAGAGUUAAAGGACUAUGAGGAAGGGAAAUGGAUUGAAGUCUGCACCAAUAUUUCUGAACACUUUUGUAACAUAUUUGAACAUGUUAAAAGCCCAGACCUUUCUUACUGGGCCAGAGUUAAAGCUACCAUUGGACAAAAAGAAUCUUCCUUUGCUGAUUCUCCAGUAUUUAGAAUGUGUAAACAGGGAAAAAUUGGGCCACCCAAACUGAAGGUUCAAAUGAAAGAUCACCAACUUAUCGUUGAUAUAAGCCAUCCUCUAAUAAUUGUUGAAAAUAAAAAGAAAGGAAUUGUGUAUGACCAUUAUGAGGAUGAAUGCAGCAUGUUCUCAUACAAGGUGUAUUGGAAGAUAAAUGGAAGUAUGGAAGCCUCUACAGAAUAUAUACAGAUCAUUGAGGAAGAAGAUGACAAUCAACCUUGCAAUGAGACACAAUGUCAAUUAAUUAUACCAGGAGCUUCAUUUAAUUCUGAGUAUUGUGUUUCUGCUGAAGGAUUUUCACAGAACUCAGCUAUUUGGUCAUUUAAAUUUGAGAAAUCAGAAGAACUGUGUAUUAAAACUCCAACUGAGAAAGAAAAAGAUACUUCUGUGCUCAUCCUAAUUAUUUCCCUAAGUCUUAUCUCUAUUGUAUGCUUAUUAGUACCUGUCCUAAUUUGCCGGGUCAGAAAAAGAAAGACGUGUCAGAGAGAGAACUUCACAUUGCCCAAGUCAUUGGUGGUCACUGUGGUAAGAAAUUUUAAUUCACUAAACCUUUUAGAGGUGAAACCUGAAGGAAAGUAUAUUUCUAUUGUUGAAACAUCAGACUUGAAAGCCCCAGAAAGUGAGGAAAAAGCCAUUGCUCAUUUGACCCCAGUGAGUAGCAUUAAUUCUGAAGACAAUAGAGAAAAAGACCACUUUCAAGAAAUAUCAAGCAAAACAGAAGAAAUGACUAUUGAAGAAAAUGUUACUGAAAUGAUAUCUGAUAGUCAUCAGAGUACAAUGAUGAAAGAAAACUAUUUUCAUCCUAUCAGUAGUCAAACUGAAUCUGGCAGUCUCAUUUCAAACUCUUGCCUUCCUGGAGAUGAUUCUGAGAAUAGACAUGAAGAAUCAUGCAAUUCCAUGUCUCACCCAGAGUCUCCACAAAGUGACCCUGAAACAUGGGCGGACAUACAAGACAACAUCGCAAUAAGGAAAGUUAACACAACGUUUGGCUAUGAUAAACCUCAUGUUCUAGUAGAUAUGCUUACAGACACCAAUGAUAAAGAGACUUUGAUUGGUUAUCGACCAGGUCCUGAACCGUCUGUGGAAAUUUCAUAGCAUUCAGCUAAAACAAAGCAUACUUGAAAUUUUGCAGCUCCUAAAAGUCGACUUUUUGGGUUUUGCUUAAAGCAGGUAGCAUGUUCAAGUUCAGUGAUGGUGACUUUAGAUUUUGAGUCAGGAGUUCAAAACUCAAUUUUCCUCCUCUAAAAAUUGGGUUUGGAAUUGCUUUGUAUGACCUUUUUAUGCAAUACUUCAACUAUGAUCUUACAUGCAGAACACAUGUUGAAUGAAAAGAAAGGGUAGUUAACAAUGUUUAAUACAAUUCACAUCCAUUUACCAUA